UUUUUUUUUUCUUUUCAUAAUAAUAAUAAAAAAGAAUGCCUCGUUUACCUACAGAAGAAGAAGAUAAUAUAACUGGUUGUUGUGGUUUAUCUCGAUUCUUUUCUAAUAAUAAUAACAAUAAAACAUUGAUUUCUAUUUCUGCUGAUGAAGAAAAAAAGUCAUUCUCUCCUUAUACCUACAGUGCUAUUCCCUCUAUGGAUAACUUGCCUGCAUAUGAAGAUUGUAUUUCUAGGGCAUUUGAACAAUUAGAUAUGAAACAAGAUAAUAUUUUGGAAAAUAUUGUGCAAGAUGCUUUAACUAAAGUAGAUAAGGACCUUCGUACUAUUAGUCUUGACCUUCAUGAACAUAUGGAAGUAGGUAUGAAAGAAAAACACGCUCAUGAUCUUUUAACUGGAUAUAUGGAAAAACAAGGUUUUAAAAUCACUCGACAUGCUUAUGGUAUGGAAACUGCUUUUAUGGCUGAAUAUUCUCGUGGUCAAGGUGGACGUCGUGUAGGUAUUUGUUCUGAAUAUGAUGGUUUACCAGGAUUAGGUCAAGGUUGUGGUCAUAAUUUGAUUGCUAUCAGUGGUCUUGCUGCUGCUAUUGGUAUUAAAGCUGCUAUGGAAAAUAAUAAAGUAGAAGGAAAAGUUAUCUUAUUUGGUACUCCUGCUGAAGAAUUAUCUAUUGGAAAAAUUCAACUUGUUAAUAAACGUGCUUUUCAAGAUAAUGUGGACGUUUGUUUAAUGCUUCAUCCUUCUGCUGUUGGUGCUCCUUAUGCUCAAAUGAUUGCUGUUCAAGAUGUCAAGGUAGAAUUCUUUGGUAAACCAACUCAUGCAGCUGCUUCUCCUUGGGAAGGUGUUAAUGCUUUGGAUGCCAUGGUUCAAUUAUGGAAUAAUAUUAGUAUGAUGAGACAACAACUUAUGCCUACUGAUCGUGUACAUGGUAUUGUGACUGAUGGUGGUCAAGCGCCAAAUGUGAUUCCUGCUCAUACAUCAGCCUUCUUCUUUGUACGUACACCAAAAUACACUGAAUUGAAACGAGUGAUGGAUAAAAUGGAAGGAUGUUUUGAAGCAGCAGCCAUUGCGACAGGAUGUAAGGUAAAAUGGACUUGGCGUGAAACUCCUACUAAAGAUGUGGUUCAAAACAACAUCAUGGCCGCUACCUAUGGAAAAUACAUGGAAAAAGCUGGUGUUCAAUUCCCACCACGUCAAGCUCAAGAACAAGGUGGUGGUGGUUCUACAGAUAUGGGUAAUGUCAGUUAUGUAGUACCUUCUAUUCAUCCUAUGUUUGCAAUCCAUACAACAGCAUCUAAUCAUACAGUGGAAUUCACAAAGGCGGCUAAAACCAUUCAAGCUCAUCAAGAUACUAUGCUAGCCUCAAAGUCAUUGGCUUUGACUGCUUUACAUGUUUAUACUAGUGAAAGUUAUUACAAGGCUGUCAAGAAAGAUUUCAAUGAUCAUGUACCUUUGGAUGAACAACAUUAGUUUUUUAAUAUUUAUUGAAUAAAAAAUAAAAAAUGUGUCUGAUUUAGAACUGCA